CCCACGGGUUCUGCGGAGAGGAAAAGCGAGCGGGAACAAUUUCCCGGGAAAAAGUUGUCGAGAGAAUGCUGCAAUGCACCUUCCUAUUCGCCGAUUCUGCGUAGAGAAGAGUAGCGGCAGGGAGGAGGAAGAUUCUGGGUAGAGGACAGUAGCGAGAGGGAGGAGGAGGAUUCUGGGUAGAGGCGAGUAGCGCGAGGGAGGAGGAAGAAGAGAAAGGAUGGCGGCGGAAGUGGGUGGUUACUCCUUUCACGACGACGUCGUCAUCAAGUCCCCGACAGAUCGUCGCCUGUACAGAAUCCUUCGUCUUUCCAAUGGGCUUACUGCCAUCCUAGUCCACGACCCGGAAAUCUUUCCUCAGUCCGAUGCCCAAACCGUCAAGGAAGAAGAGGAAGACGAAGUUACAGAAGAAGACGAAGACGUGGAUGACGGAGAAGAGGAAGACGAGGAAGGAGACGAAGAAGACGAAGACGAAGACGACGAGGAGGACGACGAAGAGGAGGAGGAGGAGGAAGAUGAAAACGAGGGAUUACCUCACAAGAAAACGAAAAGGGCAGGUCGUUCAUUUCCAACCAAGAAGGCCGCAGCUGCUAUGUGUGUUAGAAUGGGCAGCUUUGCAGACCCUGUUAGUGCUCAAGGUCUUGCUCACUUUUUAGAACAUAUGCUCUUCAUGGGGAGUUCUGAAUUCCCAGAUGAAAAUGAGUAUGAUAGUUACCUAUCAAAGCAUGGAGGCUCCUCAAAUGCUUAUACCGAGACUGAGUGGACAUGCUAUUAUUUUGAUGUAAACCGAAAAUUUCUCAAGGAAUCCUUGAAAAGAUUUUCACAAUUUUUUGUUUCACCUUUGGUGAAAGCUGAAGCUAUGGAACGGGAAGUGAUGGCAGUAGAUUCAGAGUUUAAACAGGCUUUGCAGAGCGACAGUUGCCGGCUGCAGCAGCUUCAGUGUCAUACAUCUAAAGCUGGACACCCAUUUAAUAGAUUUUUUUGGGGAAACAAAAAGAGCCUUUGUGAUGCAAUGGACAAGGGUGUCAAUUUGCGUGAGCUCAUUUUGAACAUGUUUAAAGAAUAUUAUCAUGGUGGGCUGAUGAAACUGGCUGUCAUUGGCGGAGAAUCCUUGGACACUCUUCAAGAUUGGGUUAUAGAGCUAUUCAGGAAUGUAAAGAAAGGUGACAGCCUUGUGCCUGUUCAACAAGAUGGGAAUAUCUGGGAAGCUGGUAACUUAUUUUGGCUGGAGGCUGUUAAAGAUGUGCAUGUUCUUAAUAUAACUUGGACGUUGCCAUGUUUGCAUGAACACUAUCUGAAAAGGCCAGAGGACUACCUAGCUCAUCUUAUUGGUCAUGAGGCCAAUGGUAGCUUGUACUCUUUUCUAAAGAUUCGAGGAUGGGCAUCUUCACUAUAUGCGGGAGUGAGCGAUGAUGGAUUACACCGUUCUUCUAUUAGCUACACAUUUGUCCUUUCUAUUAGUCUCACAGAUUCUGGUCUGGUCAAGGUGCUUGAUGUUGUUGGGGUAGUGUAUCAAUAUCUUAAAGUAUUACGUCAGGCUGGCCCGCAAAAAUGGGUAUUUGAUGAGCUCCAGGCAAUUGGGAAAAUGGAAUUUAGGUUUGCUGAGGAGCAGCCACAGGAUGAUUAUGCAACGGAACUUGCAGAAAAUGCUCUUCUGUAUCCAGAGGAGCACGUGAUAUAUGGAGAUUAUGCCUUUGAAGUUUGGGAUGACAAAUUAGUAGAACAUGUCCUAAGCUUCCUUACACCUGACAAUAUGAGGAUUGAUAUAUUAACUAAAUCCUUCAAGAAGAAGUCACUCUCUGUGCAAUAUGAACCAUGGUUUGGUUCAGCCUAUGGUAACGAGGCCAUUCCGCCAUCUCUGAUAUGUUUAUGGAGGGACCCACCCGAGCUUGAGCCAUCUCUUCAUUUGCCUGCAAAGAAUGAAUUCAUUCCCUACAAUUUUUCUCUUCGUAGUGAGUCAAAGAAUCUUGUGGAUAUGGAUCUUCCCAAAUGCAUACUUGAUGGACUCAAGGUCAAGUUCUGGUACAAGCUUGACAAGACAUUCAAUGUUCCACGUGCAAACACCUAUUUCUUGAUAACUGUGAAGGACUCAUACAAUUCAGUAAGGCAGUGUGUGCUCACAGAGUUGUUUAUGAAUCUUCUCAGAGAUGAGCUAAAUGAGAUACUAUAUCAGGCUAGUGUGGCCAAACUGGAGAGCUCCUUGUCUAUUGUGGGGGACAAGCUUGAGUUAAAGCUUUUUGGUUUCAAUGAUAAACUCCCCAUACUCUUGGGUAAAAUUUUGUCCAAAUCAAGAAUGUUCCUGCCUACUGCUGAUCGUUUCCAGGUUAUUAAAGAGGAUAUGGAAAGAGCAUUCAGAAAUACAAACAUGAAGCCUAUGAAUCAUUCUUCCUACUUGAGGAUGCAACUUCUUAGGGAGUACUUUUGGCACGUUGAUGACAAGCUUUCUUGUCUAAAUAACUUAAGCAUUGUAGAUUUGGAAGCUUUCAUCCCAAAAAUAUUUUCUCAGUUGUAUAUUGAAGGCCUUUGCCAUGGGAACUUAUUGGAGGAAGAGGCAAUUGAAAUAUCAAAAAUCUUUGGAGAGGCAUUAUCUUUGGACUCUAUACCUCCAUUACCAAGCAGCAUGUGGCAUAAAGAACGUGUUCUAUGUCUUCCAGCUGGUGCUAAUUUUAUCAGGAAUGCUAAAGUGAAGAAUGAAAUGGAAGUGAACUCUGUUGUCGAGUUGUACUUUCAACUUGAACAAGACGUGGGAAUUCAAUCAACCACUUCAAUAGCUAUGGUUGACCUAUUUGCAGAGAUCUUUGAGGAGCGGUUCUUUGACCAAUUGAGGACAAAGGAACAGCUUGGUUAUGUUGUUGAAAGUGGUCCACGUAUGACCUACCGAAUAUCAGGGUUUUGUUUUCGUGUGCAGUCUUCACAAUACAAUCCCUCCUAUUUGCAAGGGAGAAUUGAUCAGUUCAUACAUGGCGUGGAAAAAAUACUGGAAGAGAUUGACACUGAAACAUUUGACAGCUAUCGAAAUGGACUGAUAGCAAAGAAAUUGGAAAAAGCGCCAUCUCUUGUGUGUGAAACAAACCGGUAUUGGAAUCAAAUAGUUGAUAAAAGGUACUUGUUCGACAUGGCCAAGAAAGAGGCUGAAGCUCUGGAAAAUAUUCAGAAGAGUGAUGUUGUGGAGUGGUAUCGCACUUAUCUGGUACCUACUUCUCGAAAAUGUCGUCGACUUGCCAUACAUUUGUGGGGCUGCAAUGCAAACUUCCAGGAGACGGACGAGAAGCAACCAGUCCAUGGGAAGGUCAUUGAUGACAUUUCAGCCUUCCAACUUUUGAGAGAGUUCUACCCAAGCCUCUGCUGAAUUUAUUUGUGCUGGUAAAGUUAUACGAGUCAUAAUUCUUUUGACAUUUUUAUGAUUAUUCUAAAAAUUGGAAAGGCCUUCAUUUAUUGUAGGUUACACCACAUUUUGAAUUUCAUCUCAUGAAGUAAAAUAAUAUGAUUAAUUCAAGUUUUAGUUUUUCUUA